AUGUCAGAAGCUCGAGGUGCAGCAGCAGCAGUCUUUCGACUUAUUGAUGAGGGAAAUGAUCCAGGUAUCAAUGAAGCAGAUGUAUGGAAAGAUGAUACAGAAUCAAUUUAUAAUAUCAAUGGUGAUAUUGAAUUUGACAAUAUCGACUUUAUUUAUCCAUCUCGAAAAGAAGCACCAGUUCUGCAUAAUCUCUCUCUUAUUGCUCGUGCUGGUCAGAGGACUGCUCUUGUAGGUUCAAGUGGUUGUGGAAAAAGUACAUGUCUGUCAUUGCUUCUUCGUUACUAUGAACCUUCAUCUGGUCGAAUAACGAUCGAUGGUCGAUCAAUAACAGACUAUAAUGUCAAACAACUUCGAGAAAACAUUGGAGCUGUUAGUCAAGAACCCAUUUUAUUUGAUAUGAGUAUUUAUGAAAAUAUUCGUUUUGGUAAACUCAAUGCAACACAAGAAGAAAUUGAACAAGCAGCACGAGAAGCUAAUGCACAUCAUUUCAUCAUGCAAUUACCAGAUAAAUAUAAAACACUUGUUGGUGAACGUGGUGUACAGUUGAGUGGUGGUGAAAAACAACGUAUUGCAUUAGCUCGUGCUCUUAUUAAACAGCCUACAUUUCUUUUACUGGAUGAAGCAACAAGUGCACUUGAUAAUGUUAACGAAAAAAUUGUUCAAGAAGCACUUGAUCGAGCAUGCCAUGGUCGUACAACUAUUGUAAUUGCUCAUCGUUUAAGUACAAUUCAAAAUGCUCAUCAAAUAUAUGUAUUAGAAAAAGGAAGUGUAAUUGAACAAGGUACACAUGAAACAUUGAUGGUAAAAGAAGGAGGCAAAUAUCAAGCAAUGGUCAAACGUCAACAAAUGGAAGGAAUUUACGACGAUCAAGAUAAUAUGAUGAGUAUAAAAAAAGCAACAGAAGAAGAUGAAAAGUCGAUACCAUGUAUACUUAAUGGAGCAGCUCAACCAUUGUUUGCAUUUUUACUUGUCAAAAUAGUUGAAGCUUUCAAAUAUUGUUCAAUCUCAGAACGACGUCAUCACAUAGUGCUUACUAGUUUUCUUUUUUUACUUUUGGGUGUUGGUUUAUUUAUUCUUCGUUUCUUCCAGUAUACAGCUUUUGCCAUAUCAGGAUCAAAAUUGACGCAACGUAUUCGUUCGAAAGCUUUUGCAUGUCUUCUUCGUCAAGAAGUUGCUUAUUUUGAUCGACCCGAAAAUAGUUCUGGUGCAAUUUGUACUCGUCUUUCUUCUCAUGCAUCAGCUAUUCAAGAGAUGACUGGUACACGAUUAGGAGUUAUCUGUGAACUUGCUAUUGAAGUUCUCCACAAUAUGCGUACAAUAAAACAGUUAUCAAUAGAAAAGGAAAUAUUACGACAAUAUUCUGAACUUAUUCAUAAACUAUUUAUAUCAUCUUGGAAACCUUUAUUACUAUCUUCAAUGAUAUCUAGUGUAUUUUGGACACUAGAUGGAUUUGCUAUAGCAUUUCUGUAUUGGCGUGCUCUCAUCCUUAUUGAAAAGAAUGAACUCACCUCAAAUCACAUUAUGACGAUGUUUGCGUUGAUUGUUUUUACAAUACAAGCACUAAAAGUCCUCGGGAUGACAUCUAUCCGUGUUGCUGCAUCAAUUUCAGCUGCUGAAGCAUUUUUUGAUUUAUUUGAUCGAAAACCAGCUAUCGAUAAUACAUCUACUGAAGGACAAGAAUUAGUUGAUUUUCAUGGAGAGAUCAAAUUUGAUCAAGUCAAAUUUAUCUAUCCAACUCGAUCAACAGCUAUAAUUCUUGAUACAUUCCAAUUGAAUAUCAAGCCAAGUCAGCAUGUAGCUCUAGUUGGUAGAUCUGGAUGUGGAAAAUCAACAAUUAUUCAACUAUUGGAACGAUUCUAUGAUGUUACAAGUGGUAAAAUACUUGUUGAUGGUAUUGAUAUUCAAAAACUAAAUCUUCAAUGGAUUCGUUCUCAUUUUGGUCUUGUUAGUCAAGAGCCAGUUUUAUUUGAUUUAACAAUUGCUGAAAAUAUAGCAUAUGGAUUAGAGAAUGUUUCAAUGGAAGACAUUAUCAAUGCAGCAAGGAGAGCUAAUAUUCAUCAAUUUAUUGAGCAGUUGCCACAGGGUUAUGAAACAAAAGUAGGAUUGAAAGGUAGUUUUCUGUCAGGUGGUGAGAAACAACGUAUUGCUAUUGCUCGAGUUCUUCUUCGUCAACCUAAAGUAUUGCUCUUAGAUGAAGCUACAAGUGCCAUGGAUUCACACAAUGAACAAAUUGUACAAGAAGCUCUUGAACAAGCUCAAAGAGAAGAUUCUAGUCGAACAUCACUCAAUGUUGCUCAUCGUCUUUCAACUAUUCGUUCAUGUGAUUUGAUUUGUGUACUUGAAAGAGGACAUAUUGUGGAAAGUGGUACUUAUACAGAGUUGACACAGCGACGUGGAGCUUAUUAUAAAAUGCUUGCUCGUGACAAUUUACAAUGA